AAGACACCAUGUAUCAGAUCCAGCUCUGACAGGUGAAACUUGUGUGUUGUGCGCACCACCCACCCUGCAUCAAAACCUGAUUUUUCUUCCUUUUUUCUUCUUUUCUUCCUCGUGGUUAAGAGCUAAGUCAUCUAGGUAGGGCAGGGGAAGGGGAUUGGCAUGGGUUAGUUAAACGAAAUGCGACAGAACAGUCUCGCCUGGGACCUUGUGUUCCUGGGAGGUUCUUUGGGCCAGGAAGCCAAAAACAUCCCUCCCUCCCAUUACGGAUUACUUGAAGAUCGAACGGGGGGAUUUGGCUCAGGAAAACGGGCAGGCCCUAUGCUGGACCAACGCCUCCCCUGCAAAUCAUCAGAAAUAAUAAAAUUGGCCCUGUCAGAUAAUCGACAAGGUCGCGCUGACAGGCCGCUGAUAAUAGAUAAUAAAUAGGUUAAUAUCCGGAGAAACCAACAUAGCAAUGGAAAGAAUAAUAAAAUAUGCAUCGUGUGCAGUAACUGGUAAUACCAAUACUAGCCAUGCUCUGUAAUGUCCAUCUGGCUGGCGUCCAUUGUUCUUUUGUCUGGGAAAAAAAAAGCGAAAACAUUUCAACAGUGCAUUUGGCACGGAUGAUACGCAUUGACAACGCCAACACCAGCCUGCGACGAACAUGUCGCUCUUUGGACGACGCGCUGUCCCGUACGGUCCGUACCUUGAAUUAUAUUAUUAUUAUUAUUAUUAACUUUGAAUGAUCGCGUAUCAGCUUAGCGGGCGAGCAGGGUACCUAGGGACUCGAAAAAAAAAAAAAAACAAGCCUAGUAACAAGCCUCAGUACGCGGUUGGUUUACUGGGGCCGCCUCUCGGUGGGAGCUCUUGUAACUCGUUGUAACUUGCCGGAGUUAGUCCUUGUUGGAGCCUUGUUGGAGACAAGGGCAUCGAUAGUCUGAUCUCCACCACCGGACCGGCAGCCCCCGUCGUUGGGAGCGAGCUUGUCACGUUUCCAGGGGCUGGUGUUGUCGCAGAGCAGCGAGAAAUAAUAAUCCAUAAUCCCCAGCAGCAGCAGCAGCAGCAGCAAGACCAGACUGACUUCCCAAGCCCAAGAAGAACAGCCAGAGAAGCUAGAGAGGAACCCGCUAGAGGAAGCCAGUGGCCGCUCCUUUCAUUUAGCGGCUUGCCCAUUCCAGCGGAUCCGCUCCCGUCGCUCUGGUCAGAGAGAGAGAGAGAGAGAGAGGAGAAGAAGAAGACGAAGAAGACGAAGGAGAAGAAGCAGCAGCAUGGUGUGGUGUGGUGGUGUGGUUUGUCUUCCUCCCUUUCGUGCCCAACCACUGGCCGACCUCAUUAUUUCACCCCAUCCCAUCUCACCUCAUCAUUUCAUCUCUUCCUCCUCCCUCUCCUUGACUCUUCUUCCCUCUCCACCUCUCUCUGUUCCUCUCUCUUCCACUCUCUCUCUCUCUCUCCCUCCCCCAAUCCACCCCUUUCAGUCCUCCUGCAUUCUCUCCCGCGUCUCUUCCUCCUCCUCACUGUUCCUCUUCUGCGUUCUUGAUUCUCUCUUUUCAUCUAUCUACCCGUAAUAAACCCCCCUCCCCACCUGCCUCAUCCCUACAUACCUUAGGUUCCUGCAGCCAUCCUACCGUCUACCCUACCCUCGCGUUCCGGUUGGGAGAACAUGGUCUCAUCUUGCCUCUCCUACCCGUCCUCUCCCCAAUCAUCACAGUCACUCGUUUACCCCCUCCGUCGUUGAAAGAGGAAAAAAAGAAAAGUUACCGUUUGCUUGGCCUGUGGGAUCAAGGAUCUGUGUAUCCGCCUCAGCUUCCACUUUAUACCGCACUGCAAUCACCCUCAAGAAUGCUUACAUCGUACCCUUUCCAUUAUUAAUUUAUUUUUAUCAUUAUUAAUCGCUCUCAACAACCCGCCGCACAUACACAUACAUACGUUGCAUUUUACAAACAGCUUUGAAAAGGGAGGGUGCUGUUGCGUCUGGGUUUCAGGGAGCGUGCCUUUGAAGGGUUCGCCAAUUUGAAAAAAACCUAUCUAUCCAUAAUAUAUCUGCGGGCAGAAAACCAAACAUAUACACACACAAAAUGACAGUUACCUAUGAUCAAUCGUACCGGAACUCCAAUAUGGGAACCGCUACGCUCGAAGAAAAGUUUGAGGUGAUGAAGGAGAUUGGGGAUGGAAGCUUUGGGAGCGUCGUGCUCGCUAGAACGCGGACGGCUGGGUCCCACGUCGCGAGGAGGGGGACAAUGAUCGCGAUCAAGACGAUGAAGAAGACCUUCGAAUCCUUUUCGUCAUGUCUAGAGUUGCGAGAAGUCAUCUUCCUACGAACCCUUCCACAUCACCCCCAUCUCGUCCCUGCUCUCGACAUUUUCCUCGAUCCCAUGAGCAAGAAAUUACAUAUAUGCAUGGAGUAUAUGGAUGGGAAUCUUUAUCAAUUGAUGAAGGCCCGGGAGCAGAAAUGUCUCGAUUCAAAGACCGUGAAGAGCAUAUUAUUCCAAAUUCUGUCCGGAUUGGAUCAUAUCCACGCGCAUAACUUCUUUCAUCGAGAUAUCAAGCCCGAGAACAUAUUGGUUUCGAGUACUGGUUCUGGUGACUCAUCUGCGUUCAGCCGAUUUACUCCUCCGUCAACACCAUCGACUUUCACUGUGAAAAUUGCUGAUUUCGGACUCGCCCGCGAAACUCAUUCGUCAGUCCCGUACACGACGUAUGUUUCGACGCGAUGGUAUCGUGCGCCAGAAGUCCUGUUGCGGGCAGGUGAAUACUCUGCCCCAGUGGAUAUGUGGGCUGUUGGAGCAAUGGCAGUGGAAAUCGCUACUUUGAAACCUCUCUUCCCCGGUCGGAAUGAAGUCGAUCAAGUUUGGCGUGUUUGUGAGAUCAUGGGGAGCCCCGGUAACUGGUAUAGUAAGUCAGGGAAUAAGGUUGGUGGCGGGGAAUGGAGAGAGGGCGCCAGACUAGCUCAAAAAUUGGGUUUUUCAUUCCCAAAGAUGGCACCCCAUUCCAUGGAGAGCAUUCUCCAGCCUCCACACUGGCCAAUCGCGUUUAGCAAUUUUGUGACUUGGUGCCUGAUGUGGGAUCCCAAGAGCCGACCAACAUCAUCUCAGGCUUUGAACCACGAGUACUUCGUUGACGCAAUUGACCCACUUCGCCCAAAAUCCUCCCGCCUGCUUGGCCGGAAACAAUCUGACCGGAGCUUCAAGUCAGGUGCACGGGAUGCCAACGAUUCUCCUGCUCUGUCGGCGAAAGCGUCCUGGUUCCGAAGAUCGUUGAUUGGACGGGACAGCCCUGCACCUGUGCUUGAGGAGGACGAAGGCCAUAGAGUCCCAGUGGUGCCCCAUAAUGCUGCUCCGGACGUGCAGGCCACUAAACCUAAGCCGGCUGCAAGCAAACGUGCUACGUGGACAAAUGGCGCACCCAUGCCAAUUCUUCCAUCCAUUCGUCCAGUAUCCCCCUUAUCUAAUGCUGUUACCGCACAGGCUAACUCCAGGAUAUCCCACGCCAACGAUGGAGCUACUGCAAAUCAUGUCGACAACAGCAAAAAUUCCAACAAGAAGAUUGGUCGACAGCUGUCUGUGAACUCGAACGGUAACCAUUACUCAGAUAUCCAUCGGCAAGAAGCAGAGAGAGCACUUAACGGCGGGGGCUUACCAACCCCCGCGAGUGCUACGAAAGAAAGUUUCUUUUCUCACCUUCGAAAACGCGCGCGCAGACUAUCUGGCCGGAACCAAGGAACGUCGAAUAACAACAAUAACAACCACCCCGACGAUGUCGAGGCCAAUGCUGGAUGCGUGCCCUGGUCAAAUCGAUCCUCGAUGGCCCUAGAUUCGGUGAAUCUUGCGGACCAAAAGCCUGGUGCUGAUUUCGCGGAGUUGGAUAAGGCCCUACAAAAUGUGCGAUAUAGCCUGGAUAUUUCAUCACCCAGCCUGCCCACCCACCUUGCCUCACCGACCACUUCUACCAAUAAUACCCCAUCAAACCGACAGUCGAUGCCACAAGGACAGUAUGUACGUACUGCGGAGAAUUAUACGUCUAACCCAACUUCAGGUCCGAUUUCCAGCCGGACACGGCGAGCGCUUCAACUCUCUACCCACCCGGUUAAUCGAUAUGAGACACCCGAGGAGGAAGACGAACUACUUCACGAGGUUCUCCAUUCCACCACCAAGGCUGCCAGACACCUUGGUCAGCGAUCAGUAACCAUGGACGAUAUGACCCGCGAUGAGAUCUUCCAGAAGGGAAAUUACCAAUCGAUCCGUGCAAUCAAUCCUAGCAGCCCUGUAUCGAAUCCGUACCCGACCCCUUCGCCCUCUGCCAAGUGUGAUGGAGCGUUCUUCAGACCGGAAACGCUGACGCCGUCGAAGCCACUGAGAAUGAACAAGCCAGAUAUCAACACCAACAAGCACAACGAUUCGACACGCCAAUGGCCCACCCCUCCGUACGAUGAACACCAGUGGGCUGAAUCUGCCGCAGAAAGUAUCUUUGCCGCCACAGGAUCUACUUUCCGGUAAAUUUCUCUCACCGACGAAUGUUUCGUUUUUCUUUCCUUCAUCUGGAUGAUAAAUGGCUUUAAUUAUUUUUUAAAAUUUUUUCUGCUAUUGCGGCUACGCUCUCGGCUUCUCUCCCAAACACCACAAGGUUCCAUUCAUUUCUUCGCCAUUCCUCCUUCUCUGCGGGUUAAAAUUUCUGCUAUAAAUUUCUUCGCCUCUCCUUUGCUUUAGCCUUAUACUGUGAUUCCGGUUUGGCGUCAGGCCAAGGGCCUUAUCAUAUAUUUCCUUUUAAUUUUCCCUUUUUCUACCAGGCGACGCCAGCCACUCCUCUCAACAUUAUUACCAGCAGCAUUUGCUCUCUAUUGCUCUUAUUGCAACUUGAUAUCACUUUGGCGGAUUAAGGCUUUUUUUUACUCAUCUUUCCUUUCUUACUGGACUGGGACUCAACUGAUUUGCACUACCAUUUCUUUUGCUUACUCAAACGGCCAUGAGUUUUGCUGGGUUUCUUAAAUUUAUUAUCAUUUACUGUGCUUUCCCUUUUCUUACUUCAUACCCCCCCGGCCAUAUUUUUAUUAGAGACUUUUACCCUGGCCUUGUUGUUUUUGACUUCGCAUUUAUUAUUAUUUAUUCUUUUUAUACGUCAUUUACAUUUUGUUUUUACGUACCCUAGUACUUGUUCUAAUACCCACAACCACAAAUACUCUUCUUGCUUCGAUAUCUUUUCUUUUCUUUUCUUUCCCUUUUUAACUCUUCUUUCCCUCCUUUCCUCUUUAUACGCGCUUCAUAUAUUCACAUAUAUAACCCACCCGACCGCGCAAGACGCGAUGUCUCCUAUGUUUUUUUUUCUCUCUUUCGUUGUUCCUCUCAUUCCUUAAAUCUCCGUUUUGGCGUGGCCCCUGUUUGCUUAUUUUUGAGCUAGGUCAUCUCGUAUCACUCCAGAUGCGUACCCUCUCCCCAACCUCGCCUACGAGCCAAUAGCUCGUACUAGCACAGUCCUCUUUCCUAACUCUCUUUUGUUUUAUCUAGUUUCUUUUACCUGUUUCUUCUAUACUUUCGCUUCCCUCUUACAUGUACAAUCAUUCUAUAGUUUUAACUUUGUUUUAGCAUCGCCGCCUCUGCCACAUUUUAUAUGGAUGCUAUGUUUUUUCCACCUAUUUCAUUUUAUUUUAUUGUUUCAAUUUUAUAGAACGCCUCUUAAUCCUAACCUAUCAUACCUAACCUCACUCAAACCCUGUUUCUUCCUACUUUUCAUUUGGUUGACCUUCCAUUAGUCCAUCUCCUUAUUGACCUGCCUCUCGUAUACUCAACCUACCCAAACCCAACCACCGUCUAACCUGAUUUUCACUUUUCACGCUUCUCAUGAUCGUUAUGUCUCUGUUAACCACUCUUCAUCCUCCAGAGUUAUCGACCUUACAGCCCCUGGUCACAGCCCCUGGUCAAUAACAAGGUAUGAAAGGAAAGGGAGAACGCAUACGAACAUGAAAUAAAUUGGGAGUUGAUUAGUGUUGAAGGGUUUGAGUUGAAGUUAGGUUAGGUUAGAGGGAUUCAGAAAUGGCUCGAGUUCUCCUGUUUCAUCUCUUCCCUUUCUUUCCGUGUGUUUCGCGUUCCCGUUUCUCUCCUUUUCUUUCUUUUCUCCUCUCCCUUUUUUUUUUGCCCCACACGGUGUUUCCGACUUUUUCAAUUUUCAUUUGCGCUUUUUUUCCCCUUCUUCCCUCCCCCCGGGGGGCCACUCUGUACAGUACACUCCAGCAAACCUAUAGAAUUUCAUAUAAACAGUUCGAAUACGCAAGAAAUAAAUGUCUUAAAUAUCAAAUAUACAUUUCUCCAUA